AUGGGGGGGGCAGCCGUGCAGGAUUUGUUUUUUGUAAAAGCGAAGCGAUCAAGAGGCAUGCCCAAUGAGAUUAUGGGGCACGCCGAGCACGCCAUCGAGGUGGCGCAUUUGCUCGCGAGUUGGGUAACGUGGCUCGCCAGCAAAGCGAUUGAGGCGAGAGGUGCAACUCUGAUGCUCGCUUUUAUCGCGCUUCUGCUCUGCUAUUUGUUCAAAAUCACCGGCGAGGAGGAUCCGCCCGCACCGCCGCUGGCACCCCUGGCCGAGCGCCUUCGCCUGCGGGAGGAGGCGAAGAAGACUGCGGCGGCGAAGGCUGCGGAAAAAGCAGAGUGA